AUGGUCUGCAAGAAGUGUGAAUCGAAACUGUCCAAGGUUGCCGCUCCAGAUCCGUUCACCUCCACAUCUCAAAGUGUAAAGGAUGGAUCACGAAGAGUAGGCGAGAACAAGCUACUAAGCCGGCCCGGGAGCUCGAGAAACAGGUUCCAGCCGUAUCAAGGCAAAUGCAAGGAUUGUAAGCAGCCCGUGACGCAAAAUAAAGCCAAGUACUGCCACGGUUGUGCGUAUAAGAAAGGCCUCUGCUCUAUCUGCGGCAAGCAAAUAUUGGAUACGACAGGGUAUGUGAUGUCUGCCAAGUAA